UCCGGAGAAGCUCGGCCAGCUUUGCGAGGGGCGCGGGCUGAGCCUGACUCGCUCGCCGGGCUGAGGCGUCCUGCGCCGGCGGGGCUGAGAGGCUGCCUGGACCCCGUCCUCCCGGUCUGGCUUGGAGGCCGUGCGAAGCGGGGCGCCUUUCGGAGGGAAUCGCGUCCUCGCCUCUUCCUCGGAUCCACGCGCCGCCUGAGGCUGGCUGGGCUUUCUUUCUUUCGGGGUUGGCUGCUAUUUUCCUCGCUGGCUAUGAAGCUUCUGCCUUGAAGAUGGAGACUAUUUGGGUUUUAUUUCUCUCUCUGGUCCCGGUCUACACCAGGGGACAAGGGGUUUAUGCUCCUGCUCAGGCCCAGAUCAUCCAUGCUGGGCAGGCAUGUGUUGUAAAGGAAGAUAACAUCAGUGAACGAGUAUACACUAUUCGGGAAGGUGACACCCUUGUUCUGCAGUGUGUGGUUACAGGGCACCCACGGCCACAGGUGAGGUGGACCAAAACUGCUGGUAGCGCUUCGGAUAAAUUCCAAGAAACAUCCGUCUUCAACGAGACCCUUCGAAUCGAGAAGAUCCAGAGGCUCCAAGGAGGUCGCUAUUAUUGUAAGGCAGAGAAUGGGGUUGGAGUCCCUGCCAUCAGGUCCAUUCGAGUAGAUGUCCAGUAUUUGGAUGAGCCUGUCCUCACCGUCCACCAGACCAUCAGUGAUGUACGUGGCAGUUUCUACCAGGAAAAGACAGUCUUCCUUCGGUGCACAGUCAACUCCAACCCACCAGCUCGCUUCAUCUGGAGACGGGGUUCUGAGACCCUGUCCCACAGCCAGGAUAAUGGAGUUGAUAUCUAUGAACCAUUAUACACACAGGGAGAAACCAAAGUCCUGAAGCUGAAAAAUCUGCGACCACAAGACUAUGCCAGUUACACAUGUCAGGUGUCUGUCAGAAAUGUGUGUGGUAUUCCUGAUAAGUCUGUAACCUUCGAGCUUACCAACACCACAGCCCCACCAGCCUUAAAGCUGUCUGUGAAUGAAACCUUAGUGGUGAACCCAGGAGAUAAUGUCACCAUACAGUGUUCAUUAACGGGGGGAGACCCUUUGCCCCAGGUCAUCUGGUCCCACUCACCCGGCCCUGUGCCCCACAACAGUUUGAUUCAAGGGGGCAAUCUCACCAUCUGGGGGAUCCAUGUGGAAGAUUCAGGCUAUUACAACUGCACGGCCAUCAACAACGUGGGGAAUCCAGCCAAGAAGACAGUGAACCUGUUGGUGCGAUCCAUGAGAAAUGCUACGUUCCAGAUCACUCCUGAUGUGAUCAAAGAGAGUGAGACCAUUCAGCUGGGGCAAGAUCUGAAGCUUUCAUGCCACGUGGAUGCUGUUCCACAAGAAAAGGUUUCCUACUUCUGGUACAAGAAUGGGAAGCCAGCCAAGGUCUCAGACCGCCUAGUUGUCAUCAGGAAUGAUCCAGAACUUCCGCCAGUGACCAGCAGCCUGGAGAUCAUUGACCUUCGCUUCACAGACUAUGGGACUUACCUUUGUGUGGCCUCCUUCCAAGGAGCACCCAUUCCUGAUCUCAGUGUGGAGGUGAACAUUUCUUCAGAAACCGUGCCUCCUACCAUCAUGGUGCCAAAGGGCCAGUCCACCAUCACUGUCCGUGAAGGGUCCAGGGCAGAGCUGCAGUGUGAAGUUCGAGGGAAGCCCAAACCUCCCAUCAUCUGGUCCAGAAUAGAUAAGGAUACUCCUAUGCCUUCAGGUGCCAUGACAGUGGAGACCAGCGAUGGGAAGCUGCAUUUGGAGAGAGUGACUCGAGAAAUGAGUGGGACUUACAAAUGCCAGACCGCCAGGUAUAAUGGCUUCAACAUUAGACCUCGAGAAGCCCUGGUGCAACUCAAUGUACAGUUUCCUCCAGUCGUGGAGCCAGUUUUCCAGGAUAUACGGCAAGCUGUGGGACGCAGCAUCACUCUUCGCUGUACCAUGCUGAAGGGGAGCCCUAUGAAGGUGGCCACGGCUGUCUGGCGCUUUAAUGGGAGCUUGCUAACAGUGCCUCCUACAGAGCAGCAGGACUACUCUGAGUAUAAAGUGGACAGUGUGAGUCGAGAGACCAGCGGCCACUACGAAUGUAGCAUCUCCAAUGAUGUGGGAGUGGCAACUUGCCUCUUCCAGGUAUCUGCUAAAGCUUACAACCCAGAGUUUUACUACGAUACCCCUAAUCCUACUCGGAAGCAAUCCAAGAACUACUCCUAUAUCUUGCAGUGGACACAGAAGGAGCCUGAUGCUGUUGAUCCCAUCCUUAGUUACCGACUAGAUGUUCGUCAGCUCAAUCACAGGGAUUUGCCCUCCAAAUCCAUUUCUGUGCGAAAGAUGGAAAAGGGUAUGCUACAAGAGCACCUCUUGACUGACUUGAAGGUGCCUCAGAGCUACGAAGUUCGCCUAACACCCAUAACCCGCUUUGGAACUGGGGAUGCUGCUAGCCGAAUCAUCCACUAUAUAGAACCAAUCAGCAGUCCCAGCCCAGUGGGUAACACCUGCCACUUUGAGGAUGAGAAAAUAUGUGGUUAUACACAGGACACAACAGACAACUUUGACUGGAUUCGUCAGAGUGGUCUAACCCACGAUCCCAAGCGCUCGGCUAAUACAGGCCCAACCAUGGACUUCAGCGGGACACCAGAAGGCUACUACAUGUUCAUCGAAGCCUCUGCACCCCGAGUGAAGGAUGACAAAGCCAGGUUAAUCAGCCCCAUGUACAACAUGACAUCCAGAUUCUGCGUUUCCUUCUAUUAUCACAUGUAUGGGAAGCACAUUGGCUCCUUAAAUCUCUUGGUUCACGUGAAGAAUAAGCAGCCCACUCAAGCCUUGUCACUCAAGGGGGACAGAGGAAAUGCCUGGCAACAAGCACAUGUACCUAUCAACCCUGCAGGACCUUUCCAGAUCAUCUUUGAAGGUGUCCGUGGCACAGGCUCCGAAGGAGAUAUUGCCAUUGAUGAUGUCACUCUAAGAAAAGGUGACUGUCCAAGGAAACCAAAUGUCCCUAAUAAAGAGGUUGCCCUUCCAGGAAAUGGUGCCAUUACCCAACACAUACCUUCCCUUUGUGGACCGCUUCUUUUCUUCCUCUAUGUGCUGCUCAGAUGAUAGCAAGCGAGUGCUCCCGCCUUCAAACUGAGACAUUCCUCCUCCUUUCCUACUUGGUCACCUCGGCUCCUCUUCCUCCCCCUCCUCACUGGCACACCAAAGUGUCCAUAUGUUACCAAAGACUAAUAAGCAUGACCACACAAAGGGAUCCAGCUCAGAACCUGAAGGAUUCUUGGAGGAAGUCAUCGUGUUUAAAAAACAAAACAAGUAUGGAGGAAAAAACCACAAGAGAAAGAGGGAGGAAGCAAUGGAAAGAAGUGAUGCAAAUAACGGAAAGAAAAGCAAAGAUAAGGAAGAAAAAAAAUAUUUAAAAGGAUAAAUGAAAGAGGGAAAAGGCCAUGUUGCCCUGGAAACAGUGGAUGGGACUUCCUCAGGGAAGUGGAAACUUUUGUUUUAAAUGAAAACAAAAUAUACUAAAGCACAAAUUUUUACCAGAACUGUUACCUUCUUGACUGCAGAGCCACAGUUUAAAAGACAUUCUACCACAGUGCUUCUCCUCUGGAGCUCUGUGUUACAAUCUUUCUUGGCUGGUUCUGUCUACUUUCUGUUUGCUGCAGCACCACUGCCUCACCCUUCCAAACAACAUCCCACUUGUCUUCACUGGGGGCCACUCCCUCCUCACGGUGACCAUCUUGCCCCCACUGCAUGUGCUUCGGAGUCUCCAUACAUAUUUUCAAGACUCUCAUGUAUUUACUUGUCCAUGUGCAAUUUGCUUUGAACCAUCCUUCACACCUUUGUUCUCCCCAACAUCAGCUCAACAACAUCAGUGAAACAGACCUGUUGUGGAUUGUGCAGAUGGAUGGAGAAAUAUGGGGACAGACUUAAGCUGCAGGAUCAGCUUCUUGACAUCCUCCACCCUUCCACUUUCCCCCCUUCUUGAACUCUCUUCCUUUAUACUUAUUUCUGUUCACCAACACAGAGGCAGAUUCCCAAUCCAGCACUGGGAGUAAAAGAAAAGGCCUCUUAGCGGGGGACCGAAGCAGAGUGGCUGGAUGGUGGCAUUAUAAUCAGUCAAUGUCAAGGCAUGAGCCUCGGAAGCCUUAAGGCAAGAACCUCUGUUCAGUUGUGUUUUUUUCCCGUCCCCUUAUUAAUUUAUCCAUCUUCUAUUUCCUUUUUGGGAGAAUCAAUCUCUACAAACAUGCCAGGGUUUGGUUUUGUUUUUAAUGCAGGGAGAAUCAUAUGCUAACCACUUGUCUUCUUGUAAGCCCUCCCCGAGUCACCUCUAUGACACCUGAAAUUGUAAUAGUUGUGUGUAAACUCUGAUCCCUGUUCUUGGUGUAGUACUAAUUGCAGGGUCUUGAGAACAUGGUGCUUGAUACUCAAGGACAUGCCAGCUGUAACUCCAUUGCAUGGUGAGUGGGCCCUCAGCUUUAGAGAUGAUCAGACGAAUCAGGACGUGAAACAGACCAAACUCACAGGAACUAGGCUAGGUGGAGUGCUUAAUUCUAGGGAGUAAGAGCAUAAGAUUUCAAAAGGAAAGGAAAGGCAAACAGAGCUAAAAACUAAAUGAUGGCAUCAGGCAUGCCAUGCGACCACUGUGAAUGAUUAAGUUAUCUCAGGAAAGCUGGUUUGUUGCUCCCAAAAUUGAGGUGGGCAUUACUGAACCUCCAAAAUCAUUCGGUCUGGUUAUAUAGCAUGAAGCUAGGAGGAAUUGAUCUAUUAAGUAUGAAUAAGGCAGAACCCUUUGAGGCAAUGAACCACUCUGGAUACAUCUUACUUUAUUACAAUAAGCAGGAGGAGAAGGGGAAGAUUUCCAAGUAGGCACAUUGCACCAGUGCAUUCAUUACUUCUCGUUCAUGAAUUUUGUUUUCUGGGGGUAACAAAGAUCAUUUUUGCUGCAGAAAUCCCACCAUCUUCCCAAGCUUCUUCAGUACCUUCAGCAGUUUAAGACUUGUCCACCCAUUAACACAGGUAUUUAAAUUAGAGAUACUAAAAUUACCUAGAGAAUGGCUGAUUGUUUUGUCACCUUAACUGACACCUUUGUGGCUGUCCCACUUACAAAACAAAGCUGUGUAGCUUCACAAUUUUAAGGAGGCUGCAGAGCUGGAUCGUAGCUAGUUCAAGUGCCUAGGUGUGGCUUGGUUAUUUUGAUAGUUCCCAUUAUGCUGCUUCUGCUCAUUUCAAUAGUCUUGUCCAAAACUCCCUGCAUUUCAAAAUGUAAUGCUUGUUCUCCUCAUUCAAAGGAAAAGAAUGCUCAUGUUCUCAUACAUAGGAAAAUUCCAAUAUCUGGUACCUUGGGCAAAUGGAAGCACCUAGUAUUGGUAGAGACAGCCAUUUGCAGAAGACACAGAGUGGUUGGUAGAUGGGCAUAAGCAAUGUUUUUCAGGGGAGAGGAGAGUUUUGUAUUGAUCUCCCUCUGUAUAUACUUGCUAACAAAGGGAAAUGGACAGCUUAUAGUGGCCCACAAUUUGAUUUAGUUUUCCAAUCACUCUGCCUGCAUACCUUUUUACACCCAGAAGCCCCAGGUAUGCUCUUCAUUCUUUGUGAUCCAGAGAACUAAAUCUAAAAUUAUU